GCCAUUUCAGUUUGAAUUUACCGAAAAUUUCAGUCUGGCGUCAUUGUCAUUCAGUACUUAAUUUCGUGCAGCGAUGCACUCUAAAUAAACUCACAUUCCCCGUCCAGUACUUGACAUACAAAAGACUACAUCGAAGUGAAAAUAGUCACAGAAAGCAAAGUAGUUUCCGAAAUCCCCACAAUCCCUAAAAUCCCCAACACAACGAUAUCAUGAAUACUCCAAAUGCCAUCGCGGUGAAGGCCCAGAUCCUGGAGAUGACGGGCGCGCACGUGGAUCAGUUGCACGCGAUGUGGUCGCACUUGUUCGAGCCGAAGACCUGCGACGAAUUCCUCCUCCGGCUGAAGGACCACGCCCACAGCUUCUUCACAGACCUGCUGAACGAGUCCCGCGAGAAGCAGCAGGCGAUCCUCGGCGACAUAGCUGCCCUGCGGGCGGAGGCCACCGACCUGACGCGGCUGCUUCACGAGUCGGUGGACAUGGGCGAGCGGCCCGACGACAUGCCACUGGUCAUCUGGCAGCUGAAGCUGGACAAGAGCAUUGAGCACCUGCGCGAGGAGCUGGGCAGGCGCAGGGCGGAGAUCUGUGAGCUGCUUCUCCAACAGGAGCAGCUCUGCGAGGAGCUGGGCGAGCUGCCCAAGCCUCUGCUGGCCGAUCCCUUGCCACUGCCUGAGGAAAUGGACGCCUUUCGCGAUCGCCUCGAGCAACUGCGCCACCAGCGAGUGUUGCGAAUCAAAGAGAUGGACGAGCUACGCCAGAGCAUCAAACACGACAUGAAGCUGCUGGAAUGCUUGCCCCAGACGGACACCGAGGAGCGCCUGCUCAACCAGGUGGACCACUGUCUCACACCCGAGACCUUCGAACGACUACGCCACAUGCAGAAAAACUUCGCUGACCAGGUGAAGGAGCUGCGCGAGCGGAUCGACGACAUGCGCGACAAGAUCCACGUUCUGUGGGAGCGACUGCAGGAGGCGGACGAGUAUGCCAUGCGUCGCGUGCGAGAAUCCACGUCAUAUACCCAACGCACCUACGACAUCCUUCGCGAGGAGCUGCAGCGCUGCCAGGCCCUGCGGCGCCAGAACCUUAAGACCUUCAUCGAGCAGCUGCGCAUCGAGAUCAAGGAGUGGUGGGACCUCACGCUGAAGAGCCAGCAGGAGCGCAAGCGAUUCUCCAACUACUACAACGACUGGUACAACGAGGAUCUGCUGGAGCUGCACGAACUGGAGCUGGACGACCUGAAGACCUUCUACAACAAAAACAAGGAAAUAUUCGAUCUGUAUGAGAGUCGCGCCGAACUCUGGUCUCGCAUGGAGGCACUGGAGGCCAAGGCCAGCGAGCCGAAUCGCUUCAACAACCGCGGCGGGCAGCUGCUCAAGGAGGAGAAGGAGCGCAAGGCGAUCACGUCCAAGCUGCCCAAGAUCGAGCAACAGAUCACAGAACUGGUGCAGGCCUACGAGGCCCAGGAGAACACUCCCUUCCUGGUGCACGGCGAGAACAUUCUCGAGCGGAUGGCCGCCGACUGGGAGCGCCAUCGCCAGGCCAAGCUGCUAAGUUCGGCGCGCAAGAAGGCACCGGCGUCGGCCAGCAAAAUUAUGCCGCCUCCGGCGCCGGGAUCCACGGCUCCUCGUACGCCGCGCACACUGCGCAACAUGUCGACCUUCUCCAGCUCCACGAUGUCGCUGCGCAAGACGCCCUCGCAGCAGCACUUGCGUCCGAUGAACAUCACCAAGAGCACGGGCAAUCUGCACAAGCGCCUCAAUCCCUCCGCUCUGCAAACGGGCCCCAAGACGCCGAACGCGAAGCGCAGCCUUAUGAACACCCUGAACUCGAUGAAGGCGUCGCCGGCGCAGCGCCUGCUGACCGCCAGCCAGAAGCAGAACCAGCUAAAGGCCACCAAGUCACCGCUGAAGCGCGUGCGCGUUCUGGACAACACACUGCGUCGCAGCGGCGGAAUGGGCAGACGCAGCGUGGGCACGCGCUCCUGCAAGAAGCCGCGCACCAAGUCCACGGAUCAGGAACCGCCGAGCGACACGGACUACACAACUGAUGAGAAUAACGAGCAGAACGGCGUGAGCUACGAGGAAUUCCAGCCGACCAGUCGCUCCUCAAUGCUGCCCCGCCAGCGCCAUCAGCUGGCCAUUCCCAGGAAGCGGCACCCGGAGGUCAAUGCCAAUCUGCCGGUGCCGCGGGAGAGCCUCCUGGUGGUCCUGCCCCGGAGACCGCAGUAACUCCACCGGAGAUCAUCUUAAUUUAACACGUACCUUCUACUCUUUACAGUUGGCGUUUCUUAUUGUAUUGCAUUUUAUUUUCUGUUUUACGUUUUUCUAAUAAAAAUUAAGUGUGUUGCUUGACCACGAAUUAUGUGUA